GACACUCACACGCACGAUCCGGAAACCCAGCCGCGGUUUAUUCGCUAAGAACUCUGGGAAAAUAACCGGAAGCUGUGUUGAAGUGUCCUUGUAGUAGCUUGGUUUUGGUUUAAUUAUGUUUAGGCAUAUAAGGACCCUGAGGCAGGUGUCUGGUCGAACCUUUUCGAACAGUGCUUGCAGGCAGGUUGAAAACAAAGUUGCGGCUAAGCAGAAAGUGUUUCAGGAGGACAAUGGUGUGCCUGUUCACUUAAAGGGAGGUUCCAAGGAUGCCCUCCUGUACUCAGCAACAAUGGCCCUCACAGUCUUUGGAACAGGAUACGUCGUAUACGAGUUGUUUCGAGCAGCAAUGCCCAAGAAGAGCGAAUAAAAAAACAUCGAUGUGUUACAUGACUCCUAUCCAUCUGUGAAGAUUUCCUUUUUUUUUGUGCACAGGCUCAAUAUUUAUUGUUCUGUGGAUAUAAAAUGUAAUAAACCAUUAUCCAUUCUC